CCAGGCAGCCAGCAACCAGCGCGUCUCUGCCUACCAAUAGGCAUGCUCGGCUCAGGCUCUGUGCAGUGCUCUCAGUCUCAGCAGCUGAAGCUGGGCGCAGGGGAACUGCGACGGCCGCGCCAAGCAUCUUCCCAGUGAUGGCCUCUGCUGAGCAACCGUGCUCCAGCUUCCACCAGCAGUACUGCGCAUAAGGCAACACACCCACCUUUGCCCUCUUGUCCAGAAGUGAGAGAGACGCCACCAUGUACAGUGUGGAGGACCUUCUCAUUUCUCACGGAUAUAAAUUGCCCAAGAGCGGCCCUCAUUCUGCCCCGCCUUAUGACAAGCGCCCUGCUGAUUUCCAGCGUGAACUUGUGGACAACAGGGCUGGCCGGAGGACACUGAAUGGGUAUGAGGCAGACCGGGGGGCAUCUAUCACAGGCAUCUACGGCAGCAGGCAGGUCCUGGUGAAGGGUUCCCCUGCCACAGAUAAUGAGAGUGGGGAAAGGAACCAAAGGAGGAAAGAAGCCGGCAUUGGUAUCCUAGGUGACGCUCAGCCCUUGGGUGAUUCUCUCGCCACAGAUAGCGGGUUCUAUGAUGUUCCUAGUUUGACUUAUUCAGAACCACUGAGCCAUGAUGAAAGGGAUCUUUCCUACUGGCGGAGGCGAGGUCAGGAUUUCAGCAUCCUCCUGGACUAUGCUGAUGGCAGGGAGCUGAGGGCCUCUGCUGCUGCAUGGAGGCCACAGGCCCUGAUUGCAGCAGAGGAAUACAGGGCAGAGAGGCAAGCGCAGCAGUUAUGGGAGGACCUUGCAUGGCUAAGGGACCCAGAUGCAGCACCUGGUCAACUAAGGGUGACCGGGGAGAGGAAGUGCCAGAGCCUUGGUACAGAGGAGUGGAGGCCUGCCGUGGGCCUGGGAAGGCAGCUGUCGGAUGGGGAUGGGGACAGGUGGGCUCAGGACCAUUACCGCCUGAGGACACCUGAAGGUUUUUUUCAUCCUAGAACUAAAGCAAAGUCUCAGUCUCUCCCCAGAGUUUUGUCACCUGAUGGAACUGGCGGUAGAGAGCUCAUUCCAUCCAGGCCUAGCCUACCUGAUAGACAGAGGCUAAACAGCACUGUCUUCUCUGGGCCCUAUAGUAGGUAUAUCUAUAGUGGUGCUCUUGGCAGGGACCGGGGGGGGAGGAAUUCCCGGGGAAGCCCAGGCCUUUAA